AUGUCACUUGCCGCACGGUUUCCCCUCAAGUCAAAGAACAAGCCAUGCUAUGAUGAGAGGACAAGCUCAGUAAUUGAAAAACCAAUAGUAUUCAUACCAGAUUCAGAAGAGGGCAUAAGAUGGAACGAGAUGUCAAAUCAAUCAAUCUGUGACCAGAGUUCCAUGACUGUCCAUGACAUUGAGCUUUAUGAAGAGCAAGAGCUAGUCAACAGCAGUGAAUCUUUUGGAAGUAGUACUGGCAUUGUCACCUCUGAAACUGAACCACAUACAUUCAGUGAAUCGAUGGCUAGUAGAUCAACCGCUGAGAUCUCUAUGACUGGAAGGGUAAGUUACAUAGUAGAAGAAAGGACACAAAUAACUGAUGCAAUUUCAAGUCAAAAUUCAGUGAUUUCUGGUCAAAAUUCUGUGGAUUCUCCAAUUGCCCAAGCUUCUGAAAGAAAAGAAUCAUGCUCAGAGAACAUCUCAGUAGAAGAAGAUCUGACUGAUGGAUCGAAGAUCAACAAUUAUAAUGAUUGUACAUCUUUCAUGGAGCUUCUGCGAAAGGUUGGAUCUCCUAUGCUGCAGGAUGCUUACAGCCAAGGAAAUGGCAAGAUGGACAAUUUGAAUGAUCAUACAAGCCCCUUAGGAGAAUCCAUGGUCUCAUCCAGUAAUUGUCAUUGGCAUCUUACUUCUAACUCAGGAGCGCUGAAGUUUGACUGCUCUGAUAUGAUCCCUGAAGAAACACAAUACGGUGAUAUAACCAAAAACGAAAAAGAAAACGGUACGAAAGAUCACAAUGCCCAUGCAGUGGAAACUGCCAGUCAAAUUACUGAUCAAAAUAAGCUGACCUUGAUCAACCUAGAAGCAUCAAGAUCUCCCACUUCAAAUAAUCUGUGCAUCAAUAUUCAGAAAGACAAGCAUAAGGGUGUCCAGUCUACAGCUAUGUCAGUUGAAGACCCCAAAUUCACUGACAAUUCAUUGGUUCAGGUGCAAAAUAACUACAUGCAGGAAAAUCAAUACUCACAAAACCUUUCAGGAGAAACCACACAUAUUGCUGGAAGUAACGGUGCAUUCGAUGGGCAGCAAAAGAAUCUACAAAAAACAACUGAGUUUGAAAUGAUUGAGCUUGGUGAUUCACAAUGCAAGGAGCUUAAAGAGAUGAAUCCUGCUACCAGAAAAGCAAAAAGCAGAAGAGUUGGGAACGAAAUAAGAGAUGAUGUUGACUGGGAUGCCUUGAGAAAACAGGCAGAAGCAAAUGGAAAGAGAGAGAGAGCAGCAAACACAAUGGACUCACUGGACUGGGAAGCUGUAAGAUGUGCAGAUGUUAAUGAGAUUGCCAACACAAUCAAAGAGCGUGGGAUGAACAACAUGCUUGCAGAACGCAUAAAGAGGAUUGGGGCUGAAGAGUGUGGAGUGCGUGCGGCUUCUGACACUUCAUCAUCUAGCAUUCCCAGUAAGCUUUACUCAGUUGACACAAAUGUUGGACGCAUAGCUGUACGACUGGGAUGGGUCCCCCUUCAGCCACUGCCUGAAUCACUUCAGCUGCAUCUUCUAGAGCUGUAUCCUGUGCUGGAAUCAAUUCAAAAACACCUCUGGCCUCGAUUGUGCAAACUUGACCAAAGAACACUGUAUGAGCUUCAUUAUCAGAUGAUCACGUUUGGAAAGGUAUUCUGUACAAAAAGCAAACCAAAUUGCAAUGCAUGCCCAAUGAGAGGAGAAUGCAGACAUUUUGCAAGUGCAUUUGCGAGUGCAAGGCUUGCCCUUCCAGGACCUGAAGAAAAAAGUAUAGUGAGUGCAACCGAAAACCAAACUGGCCAAAACCCUGCUUUGAAGACUGAUCAACUGCCCCUGCCCCUGCCUCUACUGCAAGCAACUAAACAAUCAGAAGAAAGUCAACAGUCAGAAGCAAACAGCCUGGCAGAGAGCAAAUCCAGAAUCACUGGCUAUGGACCUAUCAUUGAAGAACCAUCAUCACCAGAACCAGUGUCCCCACAAGUAACAGAAAACGAUAUGGAGGACACCUUCUGUGAGGAUCCUGAUGAAAUUCCGACCAUCAAACUUAACAUUGAAGAAUUCACUCAGACUUUACAGAACUAUAUGCAAGAGAAUAUGGAACUUCAAGAAGCUGAUAUGUCCAAGGCCUUAGUAGCUUUAACAGCAGAAGCUGCCUCCAUUCCUGUUCCCAAGCUUAAGAAUGUGAGUCGGUUACGAACGGAGCACCAGGUAUACGAACUUCCAGAUUCUCACCCUCUUCUGCAAGGGUUGGAUAAGCGAGAACCUGAUGAUCCAUGCUCAUACCUUCUUGCUAUAUGGACACCAGGUGAAACAGCUAACUCCAUUCAACCACCGGAAAGUAGAUGCAGCUCACAAGAAUGUGGCAGAUUGUGUGAUGAGAAAACGUGUUUUUCAUGCAACAACAUACGGGAAGCAAAUUCUCAAAUUGUUCGAGGGACACUCUUGGUAUUUGCUGACCAUGAUUCUAGUCUAAAUCCAAUUGAUGUUCCUAGAGCAUGGAUAUGGAACCUGCCCAGACGAACUGUGUACUUUGGAACCUCCAUACCAACAAUAUUCAAAGGUUUGACAACAGAAGGAUAUGUUUGCGUGAGGGGAUUUGACCAGAAGACACGAGCACCGCGACCACUGAUAGCCAGAUUGCAUUUUCCAGCUAGCAAAUUAACCCAGACAAAAAAAAGUGGAUCAAGAGAACUUGACGGUUCAGAUUCGAGAAACAGGAGAGCAAAGGGUGAAAAUGCAGCAGCUUCAGCUCUAGCCGCCUUAGCGCCCUUUUCAUCUUCACUUUCCCUCCUAAACUGA